AUGCUUCGUAAUUCCCUCGCCGGCGUCGACGCGGCAAGGCGCGCCGAGCUGGUGGAAUGGGCGGAGUCGACAUGGGAGAACGGCGAGACGGACGAGGCCAUGGCUCAGCAGGUGUCAUCCGAUCGCACGUCGCUAGCAGCAGAAGCAGCUGUGGGGCAGAACGCGUCGGGAAUACCAGGAGGAACGUGGGGAAGGGUUGGAGUUAUCGAGGGUGUUGGUGUUCUGAGCGCGGUUCCCAGCCCUAACUCGCUGCCGUCCGUUGCAGCAAACCCUUUCACGCGGAACCUCACAGAUCCCAGCAACCGCGUCAGCAGCGCGGAGAAUGCGCGGUCGUCGCGGGGAUACGACUGGGCGCAGGAUGCGAGGGGGGGGAAGAGGCGCACGAACUCAGGGAGCUCUGUUGCUGGUAGCAUCCCCGCAAAUGCGCCUGUUAUCUCCGCAACACCCGCUGCAAUCUCGUCUGCUCUCCCCGCAGCUUCCCCCGCAACGGCGCCUGCUUUCCCCGCAGCUCUCUCCACAGCCUCGCCUGCUCUCACCGCAACACAACUCGAUGCUCUCCCCCCACCAUUCUCCCCAUCGCUCCCCCCACCUCUCCCCCCACCACUCCCCACACCGCUCCCCCCACCUCUCCCCCCACCACUCUCCCCACCGCUCCCCCCACCUCUCCCCCCACCACUCCCCCCACCGCUCCCCCCACCUCUCUCCCCAUCGCUCCCCUCAACUCUCCCCGCAGCCCCGCCACUUCUCCCCGCAGCGCUCCCCCAGCCUCGACUUCUCUCCCCGCAGCUCUCCCCCCAGCCGCGGCUUUUUUCCCCGCAGCUCUCCCCCCAGCCUCGGCUUCUCUCCCCGCAACUCGCUCCGCGUGUCCCCUCCCCCAACAUUCCAUUUCAGCCGCGCCAUCGGCUACUCUCCCCGCAACACCCUGGCGCGGAUCCGCGUGAGCGAGCCAUCCGCCGCACGAUCUCCAUGCCUGAGGCGGAUUUCGACGCCGCGCUCCCCUUUCCGCGCGCGCACGGCGCUUCCGCGGAGGGCGCAGCAUUCGCUCCCGGGGGCAGGAACGCGCUGGGCGCAGCGGGGGUGCUUCCGCGGUUGCGGAGCCCGCAGCUGGCGACGGGGGUGCGCGGAGUGAUGCUGCGCGCGAUUGAGGGGCACAAGAGGGGCGCCUCCGCGGACAUUGUGGAGACCGCGCAGAGGGCGCUGCGCAAGAGCAGGUGGGCCAGCGGAGGCCCGGGCGGGGAAGGGCGAUGGGGGCCAAUGAGCGCAAGGGAAUGGCGGCCGGGAAUGGAGGUGAAAGGCUUUAACGAAGCAGGAAUAGCAGCAGCAGGAGAAGGAGGAGGAGGCAACGGGGGAGGAGGAAGAGGUUGGGUGAUGGGGGAAGAGGCCGCUGGCGGUAGCAGUAUUGACAGCAUCAACAUCAUGGUUAUCGAGAGAAGUAGCGACGGUGUUACUGCUGCUCCUGAACGAGUAGGAGCAGCAGGAGCAGGAGCAGCAGGAGCAGCAGGAGGAGCAGCAGCAGGAGCAGCAGCGAGAGGCACAGGCACAGGCACAGGAGGGCGUGUGCCGUUUGGUGCCGUGUCACCACGACCAGGGGCAGCUGCGGGUAGGGGUGCAGGAGGAGGGGCUGUAGCAGGAGGGCCUGUAGCAGGCAACUCUAUGGGUGAAGGUGCAUCCCCUAGGCCAGGAAGAGGAGGAGCGGCAGGAGGGGCAAUGGCCGUGGGAGGAAUCUCACCCAGAACACCAGGAGCAGCAGCUGGGGCGAGAAGCAGCAACGGCCCUGUGCCAGCAUCACCUUCAGUGGGGGAGUCUUCGAGCCUGGCUACUGUUGAUGAAGCUGAUGGGGCUGUAGCAGCACUAGCUGUAGCUGAUGGCGAUGAUCCUGCAGCAGGGGCAGCAGGGGCAGGGAGAGCCGGAGGAGGUGGGGAUGUUGCCCUGGGGGAGAGCACAGCAGGGGUGUCGCUGUUCUCGUCUGCUUCUCUCGCUGCCUCUCAACCCCCGGUGAGCCCUCGGCCCCUUCGCAGCCCGCGGGGGUUUCCUGGCCUCAACUCACCAUCUUUUUCUGCUUCUGCCGCCAUGACUGCCCCUGAUGCCCCUGCUUUCUCUGCUGCUGCUCUCACCUCACCUCGUCCCCUUGCUCACGCUCCUGCUCCUUCUCCUUCUGCUACCACUGCUGCUGCUGCUGCUAGCCCCAGUGGAGCAGCAGCAGCAGCAGCAGCAGCGGGCGGGCACAGCAGUGCGAUGGCAGCGAGGCUGCAGGGGGGGGUGGCGGGGCUGCGGAAACUGCGCAAGGCCCUCACAGCACCGGCACAGGACCUGGCAGAGGAGGAGGAGGAGGAGGAGGAGGCAGUGGCUCUCCUUAAGAGCGGAAACCUGCCCUGGAACCACAGCCCUGUUGCGUUUGGCGCGCAUGCCGCUGCUGCUUCUGCUGCCGGUGUGGCUGGUGCAGCUGUGGCUGGUGCAGCUGGCUCCCCUGGGGGCGCGCUCUCCGCUUCCCCCCUUGGCCUCCGCCCCCCCAGGGCUGGAAUCAGCGCGGACGGGACGAGGGCCAGUCGCAUGGUGGGGGGAGGCGCAGGGGGAGGCGCAGGGACAGGGGGAGGAGGUGGGAAGGGAAGAAGCGGAAGGAGAGCCCCGUUAGAUGUGCAUGCGGAUCUGUCGAUCCUUCAGGAGCUUGAGCUGCCACUCUUCUUCCAGAACGGUAGGUCAGGAGCAGGGAAGGGAGGCGCUAGGGGGAGGAACAGCGGAGGAGGAGGAGGGCGAGCAGGCGGAGCGGCAGCAGCAGUGGCAGGGGUGGCAGAGGGGGUUGGUGGGGCGAGCACGGUGCAUCUGAACAGGCGGGGGUACGCGCACCGGGUGUUUCGCACGCAUAACUUCCCGCUGUCCGUGGGGGCGGUGCUAGGAGCAGUGUCGGACCAUAACGACGCUAUCACUGUCACCCCUGCCUCGCCCACUGCUGGCAACUCUGCCCCCAUUGCGUCCCCUUGGACCCCGCCUUCCGUUGCUCAUGCUGCUGCUUCUGGCGGUGGUGGUGGCGGUGGUGGUGGUAGUGGUGCUGCUGCUUCUACCUCUGCUUCCUUUCCUCAGCACUCCUCCUCGCCCUCCGCUCAGGCAGUGCUCUCGUCGCCCUCUCCACCCGUCACUCCUCCCAUCGUUGCUCCUGCUGUCUUUUCAGCAAGCUCAGGAACACAGUCCCCCUCCUCCUCCUCUACAGGUCGUAUCAGCAGUCCUGUGCUUGGUAGUGCAGGAGCAGCAGCAGGACCGCUUAACGCACGGCAUAGAUCCAACGGCCCUCCCAGUCCCAUGGGGUCAAUGGGGUCAAACGGGUUCUCAAAUACGUUCUCAAGCGGCCCUCUCAGCCCGCUUGGGUCAAUGGGGUCAAUGGGGUCAACUAACGGGCCUCUCAGCCCGCUCCGGUCCAUGGGGAGUCUAGGCCUGAUCAGUCCCCGAGGAGGCGGAGCAGCAGCAGCAGCAGCAGCAGCAGGAUCAGCAGCAGGCAUGGGUGGAGUGAACCUCAUGCGGCAUGCCUCUGUGGGUGCAUCAUCUGCAUCAUCAUCUGCCGCUGCUCCCCUGGGUCUCAUGAGCCCGGUGGGUGGCAGGGGCGGAGGUGGCGGAGGGCGUCUCUUCAGCCCGGUGCUUGCCGGGCCGCACGGGACCGGCAGAGGCCGAGGGGUGGUGGCCCUGGGGGCUGCAGGAACAGCCGCAGCAGGAGGAGGAGGAGGAGGAGGAGCAGGAGGAGGAGGAGGAGGUGCAGGGGGAGGAGGAGGAGCAGGGGGAGCAGUGGCAACAGCAGGAGGAGGAGGAGGGGCAGGGGCAGCGGCAGCAGCAGGGAAGUACCCUCGGUUUCCAUCGGAGGGCGGGCAGCAGUCAGCAGUGGCAGCACUGGGCGCUCUCAGCGGCCUGCUGAGCCCCCGCGGAGCAGCAGGGCUGGUCCCCGCACACAGCCUCCCUGCUAAGUCCCGGCUCACCCAGCAUGGAUCGCUCUUAUGGGGCAUGCCUGGUUCUGCUUCCCUGUCUGCGGUUCCUGCGGGCGCGGGAGCGGGAGGGGAAGAGAUGGCGGGGGGGUUUGCGGGGUUUACGGGGGCGUUUGGGGGGGGCGUUGGGGAUGGGGAUGGGGGCAGCAGCAUGAGUGUGAAGGGCGCUGCACAGGCAGAGCCGCCGUCCUCGCCUUUGGUCCAGGGCAAGAUGAACAUGAUCGGGUGUGGGCCUCCCUUGGGAGUGUUCCGAUCACCCGCCGUCACUUCCUCUGUCUCUGCUGUGCUACGCCAUGCGAGCAAAAGCAGAGGGGGGUUAGAUCACUACCCCCAGCAGCAACAGCAGCAGCAGCAGCAUCAGGAAGGGGAGGUUGAGGGGGAAGGUGAGAAGGCUGUCAGUGGCAGCAGCAGCAGCAGAUUGGGGGGCGUAGGCCUGGGGGACACGAGUGGAGAGAGGGAGGAUGGGGAGGGGACAGGUCGAGGGGAAUGUGAUGGUGGAGCAUCGGCAGCUGCCAGUGGUGUGGUGAACAGGGAGAAGGGAGUAACAGGAGCAGGGGGGACUGGAGGGGCAGGGGAAGCAGUGGAGAGAGUAGGAGGUGUAGGAAACGAGGAAGGAGGAGGAGGAGGAGGAGGAGGGGGAGGAGGAGGAGGAGGAGGAGGAGGAGGAGGAGGAGGAGGAGGAGGAGGAGGAGGAGGAGGAGGAGGAGGAGGAGGAGGAGGAGGGGGAGGAGGGGGAGGAGGGGGAGGAGGGGGAGGAGGGGGAGGAGGGGGAGGAGGGGGAGGGGGAAAGGGAGGAGGCCAUAAGCAGUCGCACUCACGGUCCGGAUCCCUCAUGGAAGGGGUUCGCAACUGGGGAAGAUCCAAGUCCUCAAGCUCGCAUCAUUGA